AUGAGAUUUCUCUACGACACACUCUCAGAGAACAAGGGUUUACACAAGAUUGUAACAUUCAUGUUAGGAUUGUGUGGAGGAAUGGAGAGAGAAAAAUAUUCUACACCAAGAAAUGGCGGAGACAGGAUUAAGGACGGAAUGGAGAAAGAAAAAUAUUCCACACAAAGAAAUGGCCGAGACAGGAUUAAGGACGACCCGCGGAAGUGGAAGAAGGCGCAAGUGGUAACCUGGAUAAAUGAAGUAUGUGAAAUGUAUGAGAUUGACGAAGCUGAUGUCUUGAAGCUCAAGACACUCUCAGGCGCUGGACUUAACCACUUACAACGCUCCACAGGACCUAUGAAAACCACGAGUAACGAUGCCCCUACUGGAGGUCCUAAGACAGCUUUUUCAAAAGUCAUGUCCCCUGUUGGUGGAGAACAGCUUCUAAGCUCUGUGACCCCUAGCAGUUCUCAAAACUGUGUUUCGGGCAAAUAAGGUCCGUUUGGAACUGUUGACAAUAUUGACGAAAUUGAAAAUCAUCUCACCAUUGACGAACUUUCUAAGCGGACUCCAACCGAUGGUGAGCUGAUAAGUGUAACAGGGCUAUGUUCGUCUAGACCGCAAAACCAUGGUGGUGCAGGCACUGUUUUGCUAAGGAAUGAUCCAGAAAAAGAUGGAACAUUCUUGGAACUAAAGGUAGAUAUCAGAGCUUGUCCCGAUUCUAAGAUUCUGACCAAGCACAAAAUCUCAACAGUUUUGAAUGUGAAACUCAGUGACCAAUUGUUUGUGAGAGGAAAAGUAGAACGUCUUGAUAAAGGCCUCAAGUCAAUGAAGAAGGGAUUUGAAAUACUACCUUUUAAACUUGUCGUCGAUUCUGAUGAACACGCAGCGUUUAGGAAGGACGUCAAAGUACAGCGCUCUUAUCAACGUCAACUAUCUAUGCCGUGGCCAACCGAAUGUGGAAUCUUCCCAGCAAAGGGAUCGACACAGGAGCCCGUUUUCCAUAAUGAUAUUUUGGAGAGCACACGUGGGAUUUUGUAUUGUCCCCCAGAUACGCCGUCGGAUAAAAUUAAGGAAAUUGCAGUGGCACUUAAGAACACUAUGACUGGAGACAUUUUUGUAGGUGUAACUAGUGAUGGAACUGUGACCGGCUCAAGAGUGGCUCGAGAUGAAAUAAUUCGGAAGAGAGAUCGCUUGGCUAGAGCUGUGGGCGGUAUAUUACCAAGUGUGGACCAAACGGUUGGUGUUUGUACAAGUGCCGUGCAAGCGCAUGAAUAUGUGGAGAAAGAGAAAGACUUUGUGGCAGCCAUGUGGCUUCAACCCAAAACGCCUAGUUUGGUGGAGGAUUUGGGAGAGAGAGAAGAUAUUUCAAUUUUGUUUCGUAUUCAUUUAGUGAAAGGAACGUCAGUAGUAAACUUUGCCAAACCAGAACAUUCCCAUGUGUAUAUACGUGUAGGUACCGAAACAAAGAUAAUGACAGACUUUGAAGAUCUAUUUAACCGCCUUGAAUCACUUGCAAGUCGCAAUAUCCCCGAAAAAACGCCAACGUGUAUAAACCAAGAGGUAGACAAAGCCUCUAUUUAUGAAGUGGGUGAAGGAAACUAUCACUUGUUCAAGAAAGUUAGCUUUGAAACUGACAAAACGGAAUUUAAAGUAAUUUUUGGAGAUCCGAAGAAAGUCAUCUUGCAUGAUCACGUUAAGAAGUACGCUGCUUCCUUUCUGAACUCUGACGGGGGAGACAUUCUAUUCGGAAUAGAAGAAGAUGGGACAACGAAGUUUGGCUUUGCUGUGGGGGUUUCUAUGUCAGUAAAUGAUCGAAUGGAACUAGUACAUGAAAGCAGCAAGUUGAUCUGUAACCUAUGGCCUCCUGUUGAGAGUAACCAAUUCUUUAUGAAAUUCAUCGAAGUUAAGUGUGAUGUGGCUAAGAACGUGCUAAAGUACCCCAAAACGUAUGUCGGAAAGGAGGAAAAGUUUGUUGCAGUAACUGUUCAGAAAACCGAUGACAUCGUGAAGCUUGCCAAGUUUGCCAGAGCAAAGGUAGGCCAAAUCGCAGCUCUGCGGUUAAAAGAUAAUCGCUUUGGCUUGUUUGUGAAAGAUUCGUCUAAACUAAACGUGGAGCACUUUCUGGCUGAGAUGGAAACUGGAAGCGACAAGUCAAAGUAUAAAAUGGAUAUUGCUUCUUCUGAGGAAGUUGAAGCUAUAGUGAACGAUUUGUGUGUUGUGCAUCUUCAUGUUAGAGCAUCGCCGUAUCCCAUUCAUCUUACAAGUCCUUUUCUAACCUUUUGCUUGGAUCAGCAAGGAAUGGUUACAGAAAUGAAACCCACACAACUUAUCGAACGUUUUGCUAAAAGAACUUAUCAAUUUGAGCCCGAUAAACUCUUUCAAGUUGUUAACGGGUUUGAGAAAGAAAACACGUCAUAUGUUCUGGUUAGUUCACCAUUUUGCCUUCCAAGACAGGGCCGUGAUUUGUACGGCAUAGUGGUCCCCGAAUGGGCUCUAGUGCUAGAUUUCGACCAAGCUCCAAACCAAGAGGGACACCUUUUGAACACUUUUAAGCCUCUUCAUGAUCGUCAUCAGGUAGAAAGGAAUCUUUUCGUCAAAACGCCGCUUGAUCGACGGCUAGACUUAAAUCCAAGAAAUGGCGUAUGUUGGUGUGCAGUGAGAGGCUAUGAAGACAUAGAUAAAACCCUUUCCAGCGACGGACAUGCCUCUUGGAUGUUUACUCAUGGGCACAAGAUGAGAAACCUUAUAGAUCAGCUUAUUACUCACAUUAACCCAAACCAGUUGGUUGUGCUUUGUCUAUGGAAUGACGGCUACAAAGAGCUUCUGCCUUCACUGGAUUUUCUACUGCAGUACAUGUUUUCUUGCUGGGGUCCCAUUAAAGUGGUAUUUGUCUGCGCUAACUCGUCAACGAAAUCUGAAGUCUUAUCGGCACUUGUAGAACCACUAGGGAGAGCUGGCUUUGGAGUUAAACGGGAUAACGUCUUUGUUGCACUACCCCAUGAAAUGGCGCGUCAUGUCGGAGCAGAACUCCCCUCUCCCUACCGUUCAGAGGAUGCCUUCCAAAUUCCGAGGAAAUUCUAUCUCCCAGAAGGUGAAAAAAUAAUUCCGGAUACAUUGCCCCAAACGAUGCGACAGACGAUUAAAGGUCAUUUACAGAUUUUGUAUUAUAAUACCGGAACUGCUUUUCAGUCAAAGCCAGAUGACGAGGACAAAGUCAGAGUUAAGUUUUAUUCUGGAUCUGAAAUAGAUGAGACUGGCCUUACCUGUGGAAUUGCCAUCGAGAGAGAAAAGAUGAAAGAAUUGAAAAAAGAACUGAAGGUGUUUUUGAACGACAAAAGGUCGCAUAUUUGCAUGACCAUUCUAAAAGCUGAAAGAGGAGCUGGUGCAACAACACUGUGUUUCCAACUUCUCUAUGAAUAUCACAAGACGUACGUAUGUGCCCGCUUACUGGAAUUUCACGACAGUCUUGCAACCAACAUCGAGAAAAUAAACCAUCAUUCUCGACUUCCCCUCAUACUUUUUGUUGACAGUGAGAUGGCGUAUUUGCCAGAGUUUAAUGAUUUCAAGAACGAAGCAGGGAGAAGAAAUCUAAACCUGAAGUUGCUUGUUGUUGAAUCCGACCUUCUGUACAGUCAACAAGGGGCAUCACCCAGGAAGAAGCAACCUAUUCCGUAUUUCGUGGGGACAACACCCUUCAAGACAGUUGAACUGAGCCGCGAACUGACUUUACAUGAAGUGUCGCAGUUGGUAGAGCAGCUUCUCAAAAUCAAGGAAAUUUCUGAAGACAAAAGGAACAAGUUAAAAGAUCUUGAAGAACGAGUAAGAAGGGACCCCACGUUAAGGAAAUUUCCUUUUUUUAGCCUUACGGUUUUUGGUAGAAAGUUUACAGGCUUAACAAAUUACGUGCGAUACCGCUUACAUCAGGCAAAUGAGUUGCAGCUUCAGAUUUUAGAGUUUCUAGCCCUCACACAUGUUUACACCGACUUCCUGUUUCCUGUGAAUGCCCUGGCACGUUUGGCAAAUACGGAUGUUGUCAUGCUGGAGAGAAUUUUCUGUAACGAUGAUGUGAGAGAGUUGUUAAGCCCGCCGUCAUCAGCUGGAAGAAACGUGAGAAGAAUUUCCUUUGUUGAAGUUGCAGAAGAGUUACUCCAGCAGCAAGCAAAGACGCGCGAGAUGAGCGACACCCUAUAUUUGAAAGAUGUUGCCCUUCGCCUAGCAAAAUGCGCCUUGUCAGAUCCGAGGCCCAACAAGAGGAUUGAUCGCAUAACCAGACGAUUGUACGUCACCAGCGAGUAUGGAAGCGAGAAGUUCUCACCCCUUGUACGAUGCAUGAGAGAUAAAGACCUUUAUGUGGCGCGUGACAUGUUACAUGAGCUGAGCGAAGUGUUUGAAAAAGGUUCCAGUGUGUGGGCACACCUUUUGGCUCACUUGGCUAAAUACUACAUGAGCCAGUACGAAGAUUUUGAAAAUGCUAUUCCUCUUAUUGAGGAAGCAGUGAAAGAAAACAAAGACGACGUGCUACUUCAUCACAUUCAUAGAGACAUAAUUCGCCUUCACAUACAAAACCUAAAGGACCAAGAGGAAUUCUCUCUGGACGAGGUGCUUCGCUACGCCAUAUAUAGCUGUGACUGUUUCGUCACUGUGAAGGAGAAACGACCCCUGAUGGAACACGGGUACUCCUCAGAUGCUCUUGUCAGGAAAGUAGUUAUGCUUGCAGCCAUUAAAUCAGUCGGCGGCUCUCAUUUUGUCGACUUUCUGAGGGUGUUUGUAAAGCACAAAAAAGAGACGGAAACAUUGACUCCUUUUUCUCUAGAGAACAAAUACAUGCUCUCUUUAGUACCGGAGUCGUUUGCAAAUCUACGAGCAGUGCAAAUCAACGAGUACAAUGCACAACUGAAAGAAAGUUUAUUAGACAAUUUGGGUGACCUUGAUGAGCUAAAACUACUCUGCGAAGACCUCAAAAAAGCGACAAAGGGUUCUAAUGACGAAGACUGGGUAGAUGUUGUUGCCCUCAAAACAAUGUCUUUGGUCUACUCUCUGGAAGUCGAAAGGAAACAGCUUGAACCAGAAGAAGCGGACGAAAGAAUUAAAAGUCUGGAAGAAUUGUUGAAGAAAACUGAACUGGACGAGGAGUCCAUGAAAAACUGGAUCAGAUAUGUGAGACUUGGCUCAAAAGUGCCGAGUUUAAAAUCAGUUCGCAUCAAAAUUGACAGGUGGUUGAAGGAUACUGGAAGGAGAUCACCAAACGCUCUGUUUUACAACUAUGUUGUAGCAACUUUGGAAGCACUAAGUGACCCUAAUGACACGGAGAAAAUGAAAAGAGCCUCUGAAUGUGUGACAGAAUUGCUAAGGAAAAGAAAGUCGCCAAAGUCCGAGGGGGUUUCACAGCACGUCUCUCUCCCAGUUGAGUGGCUCCAUCCAAAAGAGGGCCUUCAUAUCAACUCAUUGGAUUCAUUGCUGUAUCAUGAAGAUUUAGUCAGGGAAUAUCUCAAAGGGAAAACUCUUCAGCAUCAAAAGAGAGCUGGCAAAGAGAUAAUUGAAAAGGCAUUGUUUGAAAAGAACAUACGUAAAUGGAAAGGAGUUGUCAGUGAGAUAUCAUCUGACUGGAAAGGAGUCAUAAGUUUAAAAAAACACAUUAACGUGCCCUUUGUACCCGUCAAUGUCCAGCGCUUAAUGCCAAAUGAGGGAGAUGAAGUAGAGUUUCGCCUAGCGUUCCACUGGACCGGUCCAUGCGCCUGGUAUGUCGUUUGCCCGCCAGGAGAGGUGAAAGUCCAAAAAGCAGUUGCACGGUCCGCGAUUAGUUUCCCAGAGGAAGAUGAUAGUGAAAGCGACACGAGUGACAAGGGUGAUGAAGAGGAUCUUUUACCCUUGGUUGGAGAAUCUCUCCACACGCAAAUAGUGAGACCCGAACAGAACUUCGAAGUCGGCGAUGAGAACGAGUCCUCGAGUCAAUGGAGCCACUACAUGGACAGUGAGAAACAAGGAAUCAUUUUUCAAGUAAAACCCUAUUACGGUUAUGGAUGGAUCCAUCACCCAAAUUUUAAAGACCGUCUCUACUUUCACGCCAAGCAAAUCGUUCCUCCUGUUGACAACCUUAGUUCCAUCGAGAUUUACUCCGUGGUCUCCUUUACGGUUGGAAAAAGUGAGAGAGGACCCAGGGCAAUGAAUAUCAAAACAGUGAAGGAGGAAAACAUAGACUCACAGUUGAGAGAAUGUCGUGAGCAAUUCCGAGAAGAAGAGAAGAAGGCAGAAGAGAAGAAAAAGGCCUCGAACGCAUCUGCGGCUCCUCGGCGGGCAGUAAGGACAGUCGCGAUGCCAACGACACUAGAGGACUUCUAUCAAAUGGGAUCUCGUCAGGAGGGUCACGUAUGCGAACUAAAAACUCCGCCAAACUAUAGAUCAGUUCAUGGGUAUAUUGCAGUACCGUCUACUCUGGAGCGGUUGUUUUUUCAAGAAUUGCUGUCUGGUAUAGAAAAAAGAGAAACCGGUAACAUCCGCAUGAAUACAAUAGUUCAGUUCAGUGUGGAUAAGAAUGAGCGUGGCUUCUUCGCAAAGGACCUCUUUAUUAAGCUACCCGAGACGAAGCAAGUACAGUGCAGUUGUGGUUGGGAACAUUUGGUUGGCCAUGGAAUACAAGAGGGCUACGUUGGUAUGCUGAAGGGUUGCUAUGGUUUCAUUACUAAAGAUUUUCCCAGAGAGCGAAAUCCUAAAGGAAUUUACUUUAACGAUUCAAAUUUGAGAGGGUAUCCCUUCGAACAAUUAAGUAUUGGCGACAGAGUUCACUUUGUUGUGGAUCAGAACGACAGAGGUUGUGUUGCGCAGCAAAUUGAUGUGGUGGGAAAACAUCCCAUGGCAGCCACACAGGGUAAUUAUCAUUCCAGUCUAGCUGAUCCGCGCCUAUUGCCCAGGAGCCCUCACGAAGUGUUCUUAUCCGGUCAACCCAAUUUUGGACCAUUCAAUCCUCUCACUCAUGCACAUGUCUCUCCAAACCGCUCUCCACAUGUCUCAACCGCGGCCGGGGUUUCACCAAAUCCGAUGGCUGGUCGGCGUCCUUAUCCUGACCAGGAAGGAGGCUGGCAGCAGGUAACCGGACGAAAACGAUAAGGACUAAUACUUCUGUCUGUUGACCAAUACUUCUACAGCAGCAGUCCAGAGUGUGGCUAAUUUCGACACCUGCUACUAGAAAAACCGAGGUGCUUACGUACUACACAGUAUCCUCGUCUUCACUGGCGUUUGUCGAAGGAAUUCUUUAAUUCUGUAAAUAGUGGACACAGGGUACUUCAGGCGUUGAAGUUUUUUUCAAACUAUUUCUUCUAGCAAGCAUUUGUUCCUACUACAGUAUUAUGUAUAGAUCUGUCAAGCAUUUAUUGGAAACGAUCUCCUGAACGUUUUAGAUAAACCCUUCCAUAGGCUGGGUAGGCUAAGUGAAUUAGUAUUUGUAUAAAGAUUGCAAAACGAAAAUAAUGUAUUGCGCCAGGGAUUGUCUUUGGCGAUGUCUUUGAAAAAAGUAAUGUUUUAAAGAAACUUUUAAAUGAAAUAAGCUUCCCAAACUUUGACCAACUCGUACAUAUAUUGGUUACAAUGCAAUCGGGGGGUAUUCCUUUUAACGGAGGAUGUGAGGACUUUUUAAGGUAGAUAUUUUCUGAUACACCUUUUUUGUGGGGUAGAAAGAUUCCUGCACGAUUUUUUUAGGGUCGCUCUAGGUAUGUGAAAGGAGUACCAUUUUCUAUGGAACGUAAAUGGAAGGUAACAUUAUGUCAACAAUAGUAUAUAGAAGGGUACGGCUUUGUACCUCGAGGCGGAGCCUCCCCGUGUAAAACAUUGUGGAGCAUCCCUCCGGGAAAUACGCUGACACAUUGUCACUUUAUAAUAAUGAAGUUAUUACUUAUGCCGCUGUCAAUUGCAAGCCCCUCCUUCCCCCAGGCAUUUGUCGGACAAUUGUAACUAUUUUGAAAAAAAUGUUGCAAAUGCCCCGCACUGAGCUAGAAUAUCGGUGCAAAUCCCCACAGUGGAGUUUCGGAAGAAUGCGAAAGCGCGACCCAUAAUUCAAGGUCAGAAUUCUAUUUUCUGAUUGACACUGGAAGCAAUGAUUGUUCACAAACAACCUGAUAACCUCGGUGUUUGCAAGUCAUGUAACUAAUGAAAGUGACCUAAUCCGGGGCUGACCUGUUAUAGCACUGAAAUGCCCUACCCCGGGGCGGGAGAUGUUGUCAAAUUCCCGGGGGGUGGAGGGGCUUGGAAUUGACAGAGCCAUUAGAGCGGGUAUGAUGAAGUUCGCUCGGGUAUGAGC